GGAAAAAAGAGGGUAGCGGUGGAAAAACGGCCAACUUUUUUGUUGCGAUUGCUUUUGACAAAGGUGUGAUUAGUUGUGAGCAGUAUCAUUCCAAGCUUACUGGAAAGAUGUUUGCUGAGUUCGUUAAGGAGCAUUUUAGUUCUGUCUUUGAAAACAGUGCUAAUCCUCGUGGAAAACUAUUUCUUCAGGACGGUGACCCAAGACAGUGCUCUAAAGUGGCUCGUAAGGCAAUAGAUCGUUUAGGAUGCAGAAUGUUUGCGAUUCCUCCACGUUCUCCAGAUAUCAACCCGAUUGAAAAUAUUUUUCAUCUUGUGCGUAAACAGCUUCAAGAUGACGCUUUAAGAAACAAAAUCACGAAAGAGUCUUUCGCUGCAUUUUCAGAGCGUAUAAAACACACCGUGAAAAACAUCCCAGUCGAAACAAUUAAUAAAACAAUUCUUUCAAUGAACAAACGAAUGAAAUUGAUUGUUAAAGGAAAGGGUAACAGAACAAAGUAUUAG